UUCCAACUAAUGACAACUCCAAAAGGCUUUUUCCCGCCAACGCACGGUUUCUUUGCCACCUACAAAAUUUACCUUUCUCGUACAAAUUAGGGUUUUCAAAAUUUAGGAAAAAGAAAAAGAAAAGGAAGAAAAUGGCGGUGCUGAACUGGAAGCACCACACUCUCAUCCAAUCUUUAAUGUCACGCGGCCCACUCAAGGAAGACGAUUUCCACAAGAUAUUCAGCUCGGUCACCGGAAAAAACCCUCGUACUUGCGGGCGUGAAUUUAAUGAUUUCUUAUUGAAGAUAAACAAGGAACUCUCUUAUGUACAAAUGGAGUUACGGCGCUGUAGAAACCAAAAUGACGGACAGUUGUUUUAUGGUCUUGUUAAUAAUGUUUCUGAUGACCAGUCCAAGCUUGGUUCUAAGUACUCCGUUCCUCAAAUUACUCUAUUUAAAGCGGCUAUAGAAGCAAUAGUGCAGGAUGCUACAGCCCAAGGUAGCAUAUCCUGGUCUGGUGCUCUCAAUAUUCGGCUGGAGAAUCAGGUUUACAAUUCGGCAGAAUCACAGUCACAAGGUAGUUCAUCUCAAGUCCCUCCUGCAUUAAGGAAUUUUUCUUUGUCCCAGAAGGAAAAAACUCUUGAUGAGCUUGUGUGUGACAAGUGGCUUUGUCGCACCCCAGAUGGUGGCAUUGGACUUGGUGUCAGAUCCUACCUUGAUCUGCGAAGUUGGUUUCAUAAUUCUGGCACCCCACCAUGUCAAGUGUGCAAUGAAGCUGCAAUAAAGGCAAAAGUGUGCCAAAAUGAAAGUUGUACACUUCGAAUUCAUCACUACUGUUUGAAGAAAAAGAUUUCUCAAAGCAGGGGUAAAAUUGUUUGCCCAACUUGUGGCAUUGAAUGGGAAUGUCAAGUGCCCAAAUGUGAAGCAGUAGACGUAGAGUAUGAACAAAAUGAUCCUACCGAGAGCCAGCCACCAGUAGGAUCCAAAAGGAAGAAGCUUAAAGCCAACAUAAAUGCUGAAGCAGAUGCUGCUCGAGGCAGCUCAUCUCAAGCUUCACAACCCAUUCCUGAUCUGAGAAGAGUGACUCGGUCAUCUGCUCAAACAAGAUUUGCAGCUAGUCUACGAUGAUGAAGAUCAAUCGCAAAGUCCUCAAUGGUAUUCUCGUUGAUGCUCGGCAAAAGCGGUAACAAAGAACCUACAAUCAUUAAAAGCAAAAAUACAAAAAAUAUCUAGAAAACCUUAUUAUUAAAAUAAAGAUAUAAACAAAAUAAAUCUAAAAAGUUUACCACAACUCUUGAAGAUGCAACCUUUUUAUAAUCUUCACAGGCACUGAAUGGUUGGGUUUGGUCAUGUCAGACGUAGGCAACUAUUGUCAGGAACCAACUCUCUCAAGGGUAUGAGGCAAUAUAAGAGCAUAUCUCUUUAAAAGUUUCUUUAGUAAGUGUAACACUCCUUAAAGACAUCAGAGAGUUGUAAAUGAAGAUGCACUUAUCAAGGUGCACAAGCCAAGAAAGGCAGACGACUUCAUUAAGGUGUGUGCCUUUAUAAUAUUUUGACUUCUAGUCGGUUCUUUUUCCUUCUUAAAACAUGAAAUGAUCUCAACCCUUUAUUAUAAAUUUAAUAUAGAAUAUAUUGGCUUACCUACAUCUAAUUAUCUCUAAAAAAAAAAUUUAAAAUGUGGAAGAAAGAAUAUUAUGGAAAAAGACAUAUGAUGAUGAAAAAGAAGAGAAGAAUUGCUUAGAAGUGCAUGAGUAGGAUCAAGACCAUCAUUAUAGACUUCUUGUAAAUUAGUAAAAGAAGAUGCUUUAAGAUUUCUAUUAUUCUAAGACUUCUAGUUAUUUAUAAAAUUAUGUUUUAUUUUUAUUAUCUCCUUUGGACAUGUCUUAUCACGAUUUAUUUAUUUAUUUUCUUUGGCUUUGUUAAGUUUUUCAUAUUAUGCAUGGGUUGUGUUAUGAGUCCUAAUUUUUACUUUAUUCUAUCUUUUGCACCUCACUCUUGUCAGGCGCGGGCCUUGCCUUGUGCUUUGCCCCUCAGGCAUCAAGAGCCCUUAUUGCUUUGGUGCUCCUUUCGCCUUUAACAACUAUGACUUAAAGCAAGAAAGAAACAAAAGUAAAUAAAAUUUAAUUAAAAGAACAACGUAUAGCAAAUUCCAAAAAUUGUCCAGCAUAUGCAAAAUUAUAAAAGGACAUCUUAUCUUAGUUUUAUUAGACCAAGCCUUGAAGGAGGCUAGAUGUUUUUUUACUAGAGAUCUGUUCUUACUGUACAAAACAAACAAAAAAAUCUAUUCAAUAAGAAAAAAUAAAAAAAUAAGAAAAGAAAGUAAGGAAAACGACCUAUAAAGGGGAACAUUGCCAUGAGAUUGAAGGAGAGGAUUGGAAAGAAAGAGCUUUUAAUUUCUUUACAUUGCUAAAAAUGUUAAUUAUAAAGAGAAUUGUUGCUUUCCUUUUUUAGUUAGAUAUUAGUGAAAUUUGCUAAAUUGCUUAAAGUUUUAAGAUUCUUUUAAUUAUUAAGCAUACUAAAUUCUCUAACUCCUUAAUUAUAGUGUGAAAAGAACAAUGAAGAGAGUUGUGUAUUGAAAAUUAGAAUUCUGAGUUCUUUACAGGGAGAUGUUGAUAUA